GUGGGCAGAGGCUGUGACUCCCCUGAUAAUGAGUGCCUAAUGUUUCCGUGGUAUUCCCAUUUGCUAGUGUGCUGCUGCAGCCACAAGCCUGAUUGAUAUAUGCCUGCAAUGGCACUUUUCCAUUUGACACUCUCCCUCUCUCUCUCUCUCUCCCUCUCUCUCUCCCUCUCCCUCUCCCUGGGUCGCUUAAACAACAGUCCUAACUUUUGUGUGUUGCAAAUAUAAAAGGCAAGCCAUGUGACAGAGGGACAGAAGAACAAAAGCAUUUGGAAGUAACAGGACCUCUUUCUAGCUCUCAGAAAAGUCUGAGAAGAAAGGAGCCUUGCGUUUUCCCCAAGGAAGGGUGCAUCUCUAGCAAGACUGUGUCCUCUGGGUUGGGUUUCUCAAAACUCUGGAUCUUAAAAAGCUGUGCAACAGAUACUGUGGAGAUCUGUUGCAAGUGAAAGAAGCAAGACAAAACUCCGGCACACAAAGGACAAUGACAACCAGAAAGCAACAGCCCCAUCCUGCCCUAGCAUUGAAAGGAUCUGGAUCCUAGGUGACAGCAUUUCCAAUCUAUUGUCCUCUGUCUCCCUCUGCUGUUCUUCUGGAGAAGUUUCCCCUUACAACAAUGAGAAAUCAUGUACUAGCUGCAUCUAUUUCUAUGCUCUCCCUGCUGGCCAUAAUGGGAGAUACAGACAGCAAAACAGACAGCUCAUUCCUGAUGGACUCUCAACGAUGCAUGAGGCACCAUUAUGUCGAUUCUAUCAGUCACCCAUUAUACAAGUGUAGCUCAAAGACCCUCCCUCAGUCCACUGAUGGGAAGGUCCUCCUCCUCUUCCAUCUGAUCAUAACCUAUCAGGUCACACCAAGACUGACUGCUUGUCUUCCUCUGUGGCCUGAUACAGCUACACUACCCACUGGGAUGGUGCUCCUGGCCAGAUGUGAGGGUCACUGCAGCCAGGCAUCACGCUCAGAACCCUUGGUGUCCUUCAGCACUGUCCUCAAACAACCUUUCCGUUCCUCCUGUCACUGCUGCAGACCUCAGACCUCCAAGCUGAAGGCUCUGCGCCUGCGCUGCUCAGGGGGCAUGCGACUUACUGCCACUUACCGGUACAUUCUCUCCUGUCACUGUGAGGAAUGCAGCUCCUGAGGCUUGCUGCUGAUUGGCUUUCUGACUGGAACAACCACGGGAGCACGUCAAUCAGCCAAAGAAGGACUGGCAAGAAAAGAGUUAAGGCAGACAAAGAUGGAGCAAGUCCCACAGGACUGCGCCUAGUCUAGUCCUAAAGACCCGAUAUGCUUUUGACAGAAAGUGACACUGGGAACUCAUUUUCCAUUCCUAUCUUCUUUCCCUGAAAGAAUUUCUUUUGGUUACUUUUCAGAUUCAGGCAUUUCCCCUGUUGGCUCUGAAUUUGGUUUGGGUUUGUGACAACUCUACAUUAGUGGGAAAAUGUGGGGCCCUGUGCAAGAGUGUGCCAGGCAGUCUGUAUUUGGUGCUUAUUAGGGAAGAAUUUACCCAACUUUUCUUAGGGGAUCUUCAGUUGUUGUUUUACCUUGUCAUUUUGGUUUAAGAUUUGCCUCUAAAGGUUACCUGUUUCAAGUUACAGACAUCAAGUCCAUGUAUACGUUUAGUGAGUUUAACUGCUACUAAAAUAACUAACACACAAGUUCUUUCAUGAGACUGCACAACUCCUGACAGCUAUGGUUAUUAUUCAGAAAUUACUUGAGAAAUAUAAAGGUGGCAUAAGGAAUGUAUAAUCUGAAGGCUUUUGCAGGUAAAGGAUGGUAAGCUUUUGUGAGGAAGUAGGCUUUCAAAGACUCUCACACACAUACACUCAGAUGGGUCCUGCACUGACUCUGGAGAAGGCAUAUAUUAUUAGUGGCAUGGAGAACACACAAUACUCAUAAUUAAGAAUUAGUCAAGCAUGUAGGAAUAUAUUUGUAGGUGUGCAAUAGCUUCAGCCAUGUGUUGAGCAUCAUUCUAUAACAUCCACCUUUAUAUGUGAGGCUUGUUACCAUAGUGAUGGCGUGGCAUACCCUCUGAAAAUUUCUUUCCAAUAUAUUUUUGGUCUUUGAGGCUCAAAAUUUGAAUUCUCCCCAUGUUUUGAAAUAAAAAUAGAGUAUCUUCAAAA